AUGACCCAUAUCACUUCUCAAAUUAAUCCUGCUGUUGGUCCAUUACCCACCAAAGCACCAACUUUAUCCAGCAAUGUGUUAGAUUUAUUCUCAUUAAAAGGGAAAGUGGCCACUGUCACUGGAUCAUCUGGUGGAAUUGGAUAUGCUGUGGCUGAAGCUUUUGCUCAAGCUGGAGCUGAUAUUGCUAUUUGGUAUAAUCUGAAACCAGCUGAAGAUAAAGCAGAAUAUUUAGCUAAAACUUAUGGUGUUAGAGCUAAGGCUUAUAAAGCUAAUAUUGCUGAUCCUGAAGAAGUUCAAAAGACGAUUUAUCAAAUUGAAGAAGAUUUUGGAACUAUUGAUGUAUUUGUUGCUAAUGCUGGUAUUCCAUGGGUUGAUGGAGAAUGUAUUGAAGUUGAUUCAAAAUUUGAAACUUGGAAAAAAGUUUGGGAUAUUGAUGUUAAUGGAGUUUAUUAUUGUGCUCAUACCGUUGGUAAGAUCUUUAAGAAACACGGUAAAGGGUCAUUAAUCUUUACUGCUUCAAUGUCAGGUCAUAUUGCUAAUGUUCCUCAAUUACAAGCUCCUUAUAAUGCUGCCAAGGCUGCCGUUAUACAUUUAAGUAAAUCAUUAGCUAUUGAAUGGGCUCCAUUUGCUAGAGUUAAUUCGAUUUCUCCAGGAUAUGUCAUUACUGAUAUUGCUGAUUUUGUUCCUCAAGAAAUGAAAGAAAAAUGGUGGCAAAUUAUUCCAUUAGGUAGAGAAGCUUUAACUCAAGAAUUAGUGGGUGCUUAUUUAUAUUUAGCUUCCAAUGCUUCUACUUAUACUACUGGGGCUGAUCUUCUUGUUGAUGGUGGUUACUGUGCACCAUAG